UAAAGGCCGUCCUGUUGAAUAUUUGGGUGUUGGAAGGCUGGUAUAAGACCGUCGUUUUCUGAACAUCUGCUGAAAAUGCCUUCAAGAAACAACCUGCUUCUGUGUGUUUUUAUUGGCGCAUGCCUCACUUUGACAGUAACUGGGGACUGGCCAGGUGCUAAGAUUGUGGAUGGCCGUUGCUUUGUGCUAAAACAAGAAAUGCUUUCUUGGGACGGUGCCCAGUCAGCGUGUGAGGCCCUAGGAGGAAACCUUGCAACUUUGGCCUCACUCCAAGUAUUAAACGACGUAGUAGCUGCGUUCAAUAUGAGCAAAGACAAGUUCGUUUGGAUCGGUGCCAACAGUAAAGCCGUCAGGGGAACCUAUGUCUGGGAUGAGACCAACCAACCAGCGACUGAAAUAACCAAUGACUGGUGGUGGCUGGGAGACCCGAUGGGCUAUACGUGUGUUUACAUCAGACCAGAGCAUCCGUACAUAACAACAUCGGACUGUAUUUCCAGUAAUUACUACCUAUGCAUCGAACCCAAUUCUAAAACGACAAUGUGUGCUACACCAACAACAGCACCAACAUCAGCACCAACAACAGCACCAACAACAGCACCAACAACAGCACCAACAACAGCACCACCAACAGCACCAACUACAGCACCAACACCAGCUACAACACUAGCAUCAACAACAGCACCAACAACAGCACCAACACCAGCAUCUACACCAGCACCAACAACAGCACCAACACCAGCUACAACACUAGCAUCAACAACAGCACCAACAACAGCACCAACACCAACAUCUACACCAGCACCAACAACAGCACCAACACCAGAAUCUACACCGGCUACAACACGCAAGUUAGCAAAGUGUGGCAAAAAACGUAAAGCACAGUACCACCCAUAAAGGUCUAAAGGAUAAAGGUCUGAUUAAAGUCAACAUCUGAUGGCCAUGUAUAUAAAAUAACAUCAGUUUGAAAAAUUGACGGAAGUAAAGUUAUUAUAACGGUUAUCAUGAAUGUUCGGCCUACAUUCUAUUACACAGUUUAGAUUUA